UUCGUGUUGAUUAGUAGUUUCUUUGUAAUCGUUAUCACUUGCCUCGCGCGGACCGGACCGCAUUUUCAGCCCACCAAGUCUGUGUGGGCGACUUUCCUUAACGAGAGUGGCUGGUCCAGCGGCGUCGCCUUUCUCACUGGUCUCGUUUCGCCAAACUAUAUGUAUGCCGGUAUUGAUGGUGCGGUACAUCUGGCAGAGGAGUGCAAGAACCCAGAAAAGGUCGUGCCUAGAGCGUUGAUGAGCACGGUAUCCAUUGGCUUCGCCACAUCCUUCAUCUUCGCCAUCAUCAUGAUGUAUUGCACCAGCGAUCUGGAAGCUGUGGCCACGACGGCAACUGGUGUACCCGUUUACGAAAUCUGGCGUCAGGCAACUCGGUCAGAUGUUGCUGCGACCGUUUUCCUGUUCCUUCUCCUGCUCGCAACCUUUUUUGCUUUCAAUGCAACCCACCAAACAGCGUCUCGGCUGACUUGGUCUUUCGCACGGGACGACGCUAUCUUUGGUAGCCGCUGGCUCGGUAAGAUCAACGAGAAGCAGCAGGUACCCACCGCUGCCUUGAUCUUCAACUUUGCGAUCAUGUUCAUCAUUGGCUGCAUCUACUUGGGAUCGACAUCUGCUUUCAAUGCCUUCAUUGGCACUGGUUUGAUCUUGCAGCACGUGACAUGCGCGUUCCCGGCCGUGUUGCUCAUGAUGCACAAGCGCUCACCAAAGUGGCUGCCGAGUACACGCUCUUUCAAGGUACCAGCGGCCUUGGGCUGGGCGGCGAACUUGAUUACGGUGGGCUUCGCAAUCCUGGUCUUGGUCUUCUACGACUUCCCAAUAGUCAUACCGGUGACGGGUACGAGCAUAAAUUACGCGUCGGCAGUCAUCGGCGUGAUGGCUAUCUUCACAGUCGCAAAUUGGUUCGGACAUGUGCGCAAGCACUUCCAUGGCCCGCGCUUACAAGUCCUGAUGGAGUAG